CACUACACGCCAUGGAAAUACAAGAUCUGAAGGCUGCCAAAGUGAUGCUUCCACCCAUGUCCCAGAACAGGAACCUCUCUGCCCUGCCCGCUAAGAGUCCUCCCAACGUUGGAGUCGGCUCUGCAACCAGCCUCGCUUCUGAAGACCUGCCAGGCUACAGCUGGGACUACUCGGACCUGACGACGGAACAGAAGCCCCUGGCCAACAUCAGCGAGGUGGCGGGCAACGAGGUGCAGCCUGUGCAG